GCUCUCCCUCUGUUUGUGUGAGGAGAAGGAGGGGAGAAACGGGCUCGGGCCCCGCCGCUGACACAAGGAGGAGGCGCGGCCUACCGACGCCGGGAAGCGGCCGCGGCGGCGAGGAUCGGGCCACGGUCCGUCUGGCUUGGAUUUCCUCGCGGGCGGGCGGGCUGGCGGCCGGCCGGCCGUGGCUCCCUUUAGGCCGAGAGGAAGGCGGAUGGCGGCAACAUCCGGGGCCUCUGGGGCGGCGAUCGUGGCCUCGGCGGUGGUCGUGGGCGCGGGAUCCGGCGCGGCCCCGGCUCUCUACGCCUGCACCAAGUGCAACCAGCGCUACCCUUUCGAGGAGCUCUCCCAGGGACAGCAGCUCUGCAAGGAAUGUCGUAUUGCGCAUCCCAUUGUAAAAUGUACUUACUGCCGAUCAGAAUUUCAGCAAGAGAGCAAAACUAAUACAAUAUGCAAGAAGUGUGCCCAAAAUGUGAAACAAUUUGGAACGCCAAAACCUUGUCAGUACUGCAACAUCAUUGCUGCUUUUAUUGGCACAAAAUGUCAGCGCUGUACAAACUCUGAAAAAAAAUACGGACCACCUCAGACAUGUGAACAGUGUAAGCAGCAAUGUGCUUUUGACCGCAAAGAAGAAGGAAGAAGAAAGGUUGAUGGGAAGCUGUUGUGUUGGCUUUGCACUCUGUCCUACAAGAGAGUACUGCAGAAGACCAAGGAACAGAGGAAGAGCUUAGGGCCUUCACAUUCUAAUUCUUCUACUGCAUCUAUUACUGAAAAAGACCAGCAUCAUUUGAAACACCACCAUCACCACCACCGUCACUCCCACCACCAUCACCACCACCACCACAGCGGCGGCCAUCACAAAAUCAGCAGUCUGAGCCCAGAAGAUGAUCAGGGAUUAUGGAAGCAGAGCCAUAAAUCCUCUUCAGCUAUUCAGAAUGAAACUCCAAAGAAAAAGCCCAAAAUGGAAUCCAAGCCAUCUAAUGGAGAUAGUAGCUCUAUAAAUCAGUCAGCAGACAGCGGAGGUACUGACAACUUCGUUCUAAUAAGUCAGUUGAAAGAAGAAGUGAUGUCACUGAAACGUCUCUUGCAACAAAGAGAUCAAACUAUACUGGAGAAAGAUAAAAAGUUGACUGAGCUGAAAGCAGACUUUCAAUACCAAGAGUCAAAUUUAAGAACCAAGAUGAACAGUAUGGAAAGAGCUCACAAGGAAACUGUAGAACAAUUACAGGCCAAGAACAGAGAGCUGCUCAAACAGGUUGCAGCAUUGUCAAAGGGCAAGAAGUUUGACAAGAGCGGGAAUAUGCUGACAUCACCAUAAGAAGAUGGCUGCUUGCACAGCUAUUGAUGUUGGAAAGGUAACAGACUCUGGGGAAACUCCGCAGAAACAAACCUUUUGGCGUGCAGAGUUGAUGGCCUAUUUCCUAUACCUUUUUGUAACUGAUAAUGCCAUGGGUGGUUUUGGUUUUGGUUUUGGGGUGUUUUUUUGGCAAAUAAAAAUCAUUUGGAUUAUUAAAGUACUUCAACAGGUUUGAAGAAGGCACACAUAUGAAUAUCAUGCAUACAUGCAGCCAUACAGAAGGAGGCAGCUGGCCAGUGCCUGGCGAUCAGUAAGAGUACUGUCCCUGGUAAUCCCGUCAUGCAAUAACAAAUACAUGAGCGGCAGCCUCUUGAGAGGGCAGUCCCCCAGCGCUCCUGUGUGCAGGCCGAUGGCUUUCAGUUGGACUUAAACAGGACCCCUGGGCAAGAGCAGGGCUUGUCUGGGAGCUGGACGAAUGUGUCUCAAGGACAGACUUUCAAUCUUAUCUACAUUCCAGCAGCAGCUAAUUUGAGACCGAGCAAGAGCACUGGAUACUUGGCAACUGUUCUUUGUCCUUCAGUCAGAAUAAGAGUGCGUUGAGGAUUAAAAUCAUGGUGCUUUUAUUACAAGAAGCUUAAACCUAUAAAUAUAUGUAAAAGAUUUUAACAGUUUUAUUCUUAGUGAUAACUGGUGUUUUGCAUUUCCUGUUAUAGAGAUGGAAAGAGAUUCUCUAUUGUAAGUACCAGAACAAAAUGUGUUUUUCUGAAAAUACGCCGUAGACUUCCUCCUGCAAGUGCCUUUUCUCCCAAUGGUUUAUUUAUAGGAAUGUUGGUAUUUGUAUAUACUUUUCUUUUUUCUUUAAUCAUGUUUAAAUGUUUCCUGGUAUGUAUAUAUUUAUAAAUGUAUAUACAGAAGAAUCAAAUGCUAAGAUCAAAUUGUUAGAAUGAUAGGGAAAGUGCUAAGUACUGGCAGGCAAUGAAUUUUGGCUAUAGAUACUGUAACAGAUGUGUCUGUGUAGAGAGUAUUUGUCUUAACUCUUGCUGUGCCUGACUUAAUGGAGGGGGGCUUUUAAACAGUAGGGCUUCUAAAAAUAGAGGAUUUAUUUUAUCUCAGUGCUGAUUUGCAUUGUAUUCUCAGUGAUGUGUUCUCAAUUGAAUGAUGAGGGAACAGUAUUUGAGCUAAUGUAACUCUUCGGAUAUUUCUUUUAAUAACAUUGCUUUGAACUGCAAUGCCAUUUUAAAUAGUUCUGUAAACAUGCCUUUUUUAUUUCUAUACAGUGAGAAAAUAACAGUCUACACUGAAAGCUUUAUGUUGUUAAGGGCGUUGUCACUCAGUAGUUCUGUGGCCGAUCAAGUGGGAGCCAAAAGAAAUGUCCCUGGAGGAGCCCGAAUGCCCAACACUGAGAAUUAAAACACCGAAAACAGCCGUGUAGUUAUAAAACCAUCACUGGCCCCAUAACCUUGGCUCAGUCUUUGCAGUCACGUGACGGUAAUGCAGGCUGAAGCACCAUUUGCACUAGAGGGAUAGAGUGAGAUGGAGUAGCACAUUCUCAUUUCCAAGUAAGAAUUUAAACAGGCAUGCCGUAGAUCAGUGGCUCUCAAACUGUGUUUUGGGGAGCCUGGCGUUCCAUGGAAGUAGAUCGGUAACAAUGGUGACCACUGCUACUGAACUUAGGUUGUAAUAUACCUGUAGGAGUUUGUUGAGUGUGUUCUACAGGCACUCCCAAUUUCUUCAGGGCAAAGACCUCUCAGCAUUGCACAAAGUAGCACACCCUGGAAUGUGUCUCCAAACCUUGUGUAAUGCACAGAAGUCUCUAGCACAGUGUUUUUUAAACUUGGCAACUGUAAGAUGUGGCAACCAGCAUGCUGGCUGGGGAAUUCAUGGCAGCUGAAGUCCACUCAUCUUAAAGUUGCCAAGUUUGAAAAACACUGCUCUAGCAGGUAAGAAGUAACUCUGAAAUAAGUAAGUUGGAAAUCAUGCCUUGGAUGUGUAAAGCUUAAAAACAGAAACCAAUAAUGCUUUGAUAUUUUUAUGGUUCUUUAUAGGAGAAUGUUGUAAGUUAUUAGAAAAGUUAAUGACCAUUCCAGAAAAUACAGUUUCAUCAACCUAACAUUAAGACACUUUUUUCUAUUAAAUGGAAAAUCCUGUUGAUAAAAGGGUGCUCAAGUUAUUAUCACAGGAAUUGCACUUCAGCUAGCCUUCAUGUUUUGGGGCCUUUAGCUACCGGUUUUGGGAGGGUUUGUUCCCAAGAGACUACUGAAUAAUUGUAAUUUGAACAAAAAAAAAAAAAGCUGCUUUCUACAAUAUUGAGAAUUUUUUAUUUUUUGUAUACUAAAGAUGAACUUUGUAAAUUUAUAAAUACAAUUUGCUGAUCUUACAUAAUUAUAUAGAUAGGGUAGAAUAUUCUUUUGCUAUCCUGUUGAAUUGCUUAAUCAUUCAGACUUUUUUUUAAUUGCUGACUUCCAUUUCAGAGUAUUUUGAUACUUUUUGAAUGACUACCUGUUACUGGUGGACUUGUUUAAAAAGAAACUGGUCAAAACUUUUCACAAGAAACAUAAUGACUUUCUGAUCAAGGCAUUGUCACUGAAACCUGUUUAUGCUGCAAUAGAAACAUUCUAGAGGAAGAAAACCAACAUUCUGGUUCUUAAAUACCAGAGCUGUAGAAAAUCCCAUUUCAAAACAUUUACAAGACUUUACUGUGUCUAAAGAGAAACUUUUUUUUAUUUUUAAUAGUGGUGUUUCAAAGGCUGGAAACUAGCAAAUGAAAUGCAGGGGAUUUGGGUGGUUUUCACAAUGAGUUUGGUUUUAUGUAGACUCCCAAGAUGAUACAUUAUAAUGUGCAUUUAAAUUGGUUUUUCAAUAAUUGGCAUCAAACAAGAAAAAUCCCUUGGGCUUGAAUUAUUUAUGUACUUUUAGCCUGUGAAUAUCGCAUUUUUUUUUUUAGUUAAAUGUCUAUCUCCAUUUUGAGGUGAGGCUGUUCAUCUUACUUACAUAUGUAUAUUGUGUUGAAAUUCUGUACUGGCACACAUUUGACAUUUUUGUACUUUUUCUAAAUCCAAUAUUUCACAAUAAAAGCUUGUUAAAACAGCAGUAUGCCUCUCAAUCAGUAACUGCCCAUUUAGUUCCAAAACUGGGCAAAGGGAUAAUUUUAAUCUGGGGUUUUGACCAGCCUUUUCCAAACUGAUGCUUAUAAACCUUAUCCAUCCUAGCCAACAUCUUGUCUGUGUUAUAAUUUGUAUGUGUGUUUCACAGAUUGCCUGUAAUGAAUAAACUUUUAAAAUCAUAAAUGAAA